CUCUGACGUAACAGCUGACAUCCCAUCUAGGGGGGCGUGUCUUACAGAAAUCCCCAGCCCAGGAGCAGACGUAGCUGCAGUUGAGAGAGAGGCAGGGAGGCAGGAAGAGUUUGGAGACACUGCAGAGGGGGUGCAGUCAUGGGGAACAUGCAGGAGAAACCUUCAGGCAGUGGAGGAGCCAGACCUGAUCAGGCCACAAAAGGGAAUGGGGCAAGGAGCUGGGGUGGAGGCAGCAGUCAGGGAUCUCCAGAGAAGAGGGGGGUGGUCAAUGGUACGCAGAGAGGAAACAGCCCUGGUACUGGACCACAGCAGGAGGCAGUGCAGGAGGAGGACAGACCUGCAGUGGACACAAGUUACCUGGACGCCCCUGCUGGGGCUCUUCCUCUUCACCUGGCUCGCCUCAAGAAUGAGGGGAACCACCUCUUCAAACAUGGUCAGUUUGGAGAUGCUGUGGAGAAGUACAGCCAGGCCAUUGAUGGAUGUGCUGCUGCAGGCCUUGACAGUCCAGAGGACCUGUGUAUUCUCUACUCCAACAGAGCUGCCUGUUACCUGAAGGAUGGCAACAGUACAGACUGUGUAGUGGACUGCACCAAAGCCUUGGAGCUGCGGCCUUACUCACUGAAGCCCCUGCUGCGUCGUGCUAUGGCCUAUGACUCACUGGAGCGCUACCACAAGGCCUACGUGGAUUAUAAGACUGUCCUGCAGAUAGACACAGGGGUGCAGGCAGCACAUGACAGCGUCCACAGAAUCACUAAGAUGCUGAUAGAGCAGGACGGCCCAGAAUGGAGAGAGAGACUCCCAGAAAUCCCUGUGGUUCCUCUGUCUGUGCAGCAGCAUCACAGACAGAAACCAGACAGCAUAGAGCUGGCCAAGGCCAGAGCUGCCAGGGCUGCACAGGAGGAGGCCAGAAGAAAAGAGGCUCAGUUCAACUCAUUGAAACAGAAGGGCAACGACCUAGUGAAGAGAGGUCAGUUCCAGGAAGCUCUGGAGAAGUACACUGAAUGUCUUACCAUGAAGCCUGAUGAAUGUGCCGUCUACACCAACAGGGCCAUUUGCCUCCUGAGACUGUAUCGCUUCGCAGAAGCCAAACAGGACUGUGACGCUGCUCUGCAGCUGGAGCCCAGCAACAAGAAAGCGUUCUACAGACGAGCUCUGGCUCACAAAGGUUUGCAGGACUAUCUAUCAGCCAGCAGUGACCUCCAGGAAGUACUCCAGAUGGACCCAAAUGUCAGAGAGGCUGAGGAGGAACUGGAGGCGGUGACAGGUUUGCUGAGAGAGAGUCUGAUGAACAACACUGUGCCCACACCCAGGGCUUGAUCUUGUACCUGAGGAACCAGGACUCAACAGUUGAAGACGUGGAGGGAAAAACCUUCAAAGAAACUGUCAAAGUCACAGAUGUGACAGAAAUGAUUCCCACGGUUCAGGACAGGCUCGGUGGA